CCUAUGGCUCACAGACGGGCCUCCAUUAAAGCUUCACUCACUUAAAACCACUUGAUAUUCUCACCAGGAAAGUCUUUCUGCAUGCAUCAAACAAUGAACUCGGUGUUUCGAUAGCUCGAGGAGACGUGCCUCAUUGUGCUGUUACGGCCUGUUUGUAUCAGACGUGGAUUACUCAACAUGUUGUCUUUUGAACCUUUAAGCUUUCCUCCAUCUGAUUGUGGCUGAGUUGGAGAAACAAAGGUCCACGUUAUCUAACGGCCUGCUAUUGUGUCAUUAAAAAAAAAAAACCCAAGCGGGGAGAGAUAAUGGAAAGAUAAUUUCGCUGCACUUAUGAAAUAUCAUUCAUGGGUCAUUUUGAGUGAUUAUGGCUGUGAUUUAGGCUCAGUUUGAUCUUCUCAGGUUGUGAAGAAUUCACACUCGGAUUGACAACAAAUAUUGCAGCGUUUAUUGGUGAUCAGGCUUGGAACUAAUUGUACAUAAUAUCCCCGAUAGUUCUGUCUAGAGGCAGACUUCCUGUUGUGUCUGAUUGUGGUUGAUUGCCAAACAUCCCCUCCGCUGGUUGGAUGUGUUGUCUGUAGGUUUCGCUGCUGGGGAGGAGUCUGCUGGUGGGUCUCCAGGCUGCUGAGAGCGAUCUCUCACUCUCACCUGGAGAACGAAGGGAACACUGACGGUAUUAGUGUGAGGGGGGGGGGAAACUGAACUCUGUGGGUCUGACAAUGUCUUCUCAUAGUGCCUUGGAGGUGUAUAAGGAUAUGGUGCUGCUGUACCUGGAGGAGGGCCGGCGGCAGGUCAACUCACGCUGCGUGGACCUGGAGCCGUGGCAGAUGAUCGGAGUGACGGUCUUCACCACGCUGGGGGCGGUCUGGAUCAAAGGCUUCCUCUUCCAGCGAGAAAGUCUCCUGUCCAGAAUCAAGAAGCUGUGCUUUCGACUCAUCAGAAAAAUCCCCUUUGUCGGCACAACAAUCCAGAGCCAGCUCAACAAGGCUUUGGACGACAUGUCUGCCAGCCUGUGCACGUUGAAGGAGGGGAUGAGCUACACCAAACAGCUGCCCUCUAAAGGCCUCUCUCAGAGCCAAGUGCUGGACAAAAUCAGAGAGUACCAGACUCUGAAUGAGGUGCAGUGGGAGACCGGCUGUGUUUCGGGGGCCGUGUACUGGGGUGAUGAAUCACUGACCAAUCUGCUGGUGAAGGUAUAUGGAGACUUUGCAUGGAGCAACCCGCUCCACCCAGACAUCUUUCCCGGCGUGAGAAAGAUGGAGGCAGAGGUUGUCAGGAUGUCUUGCACACUCUUCCAUGGCGGACCGAACUCCUGUGGCACAGUUACCUCAGGAGGAACUGAGAGCAUACUGAUGGCCUGCAAGGCGUACAGAGACAUGGCGUAUGAACGCGGUGUGAAGUACCCUGAAAUUCUCGCCCCUGUGAGCGUCCACGCAGCCUUCGACAAAGCGGCGCAUUACUUCGGGAUGAAGCUUGUUCACAUUCCCCUUGACAAGCACACCAUGGAAGUAGACGUGAAGGCUAUGAGCAGAGCCAUCAACAAGAACACCGCCAUGCUCGUGUGCUCGACGCCUCAGUUUCCUCAUGGAAUCAUAGACCCAGUUGAGGAAGUAGCCAAGCUGGCUGUGCGCUACAACCUCCCGCUGCAUGUGGAUGCCUGUCUGGGAGGUUUCCUCAUUGUCUUCAUGGCCAAAGCCGGUUACCCACUCGCCCCGUACGACUUCAGGGUAAAAGGUGUUACCAGCAUCUCUGCUGACACACACAAGUAUGGCUACGCCCCCAAAGGAUCCUCAGUGAUCCUCUACAGCGAUAAAAAGUACCGUCACUACCAGUACUUUGUGGCUCCGGACUGGCAGGGGGGAAUCUAUGCCUCGCCCUCUGUCGCAGGCUCCAGGCCUGGAGGAAUCAUCGCCGCCUGCUGGGCGACCAUGAUGCACAUGGGGGAGGAUGGAUACAUCGACGCCACCAAGAAGAUCAUCAGCACGGCGCGCAAAAUCCAAAAAGAAGUCGGCAAGAUAAACGGUGUGUUUGUUUUUGGGGAGCCAAAGGUGUCCGUGGUGGCAAUGGGCUCAGAUGUUUUUGAUAUUUUCCGUCUGUCUAAUGCGCUGACGACAAAGGGCUGGAAUCUGAACACACUGCAGUACCCAUCCAGCAUCCACAUUUGCUGCACUGUUCUGCACACGCAGUCGGGCAUUGCUGAUAAAUUUGUCUGUGAUGUCAAAGAGCAGGUGGCCAUCAUCAUGAAGAACCCCAAAGAGAAAACCACAGGAAUGGGCGCGAUCUACGGCAUGGCCCAGUCCAUCCCAGACAGAUCCAUGGUGACGGAGAUCUCCCGAGGUUUCCUGGACUGUCUCUACAGCACUGAGGUUUCCAAGCCAGACGCCAGCCACAUGAACGGCAACGGCAAAGCCCACUGAAGCAGAACAGGGCCCUUUCUGCCUCAACCCCCCCCCCCCCCUCCCCCCCCCUCCCCACGCAGGGAAACGCGCUCUCCUCCUCCCAGAGCCCCUGAGCUAAUGGCUCAGGGGGUUGCCUUAUCUUGCAUACCUACACCAUACUGAAAACAUCUGCAAAGAUCUCAGAAGCACAAGCCAUCGUCAUUUACAAUCGCUUGUAACAUUGUGCCUAAGUGGCACAGAGAAGAAAUGACUGGUUCCAAACGAGUUUUAGUCUUUUCAUUUGAUUUCAUUAAUAUUGUGUGUGUGUGUGUGUGUGUGUGUGUGUUAUUCUAUUUGUUUGAAAAAUUAAUUUCAAUUUCAGUUUUUGUUAAAUGCGUAUGUCUGUCAUAAUCUCAACCAAUUUAAGAAGCAGAACCAUUCCUUUUUGAAUUUUUUUUUUUUUUUUUUUUUUUUUUUUUUUACUGCCGGAACAUUUCAGCUUGUUUCCAACACCGCUUCACCAUCUGUCAUGACUCAGCAAAAAACACAGACCACUGAAUGCUCGUUAGAAACGCUGUGCUGCCCUCUAGCAUGGAAGCGGAUGUACUGCUUUAGACUGACUCUACGUGUGGAGGCCUGACGAAGGUGAAAGUUAUCAUCAUCAUCAUGCCAUAGUUCUCUGGAAGACAGCAUUUUUUUUAUGUAAAAGCACUGCAACACCCUGAAAAGAACAUAUCAGGUUAAUCUGUGAAUCACUUGAAACAACAGCUCUGAUGUUGUAGUAGGGGUUUGCCUGGGAGCAUCAACAUGCAUGUCCUCGUUUGAUUAGCACUUAUUGUUUUGUGUUAAGUCUGCAUUCGUGGACCAUCUGCAGUGGUGGGAUGGGAUGUGUAGACGGAGGGAGAGAGAUUUGGAUAGCGGGAGUUUUUAAAUGUCAUUAAUAUUCAAUAAAAUUGUCUUUUAAAUUUGAAAUAAGGGAGAAUAUUGAAAGCGGUUAGUAGAAUCCAAAGUUGUUUUUUUUUUUUUUUUGUUUUUUUUUAGCUGCUUUGGUUCUAUGUAAUUGUUUUUUAGAUUUGGUACUUCCACUCAGUAGCUGGCUUGUAAAGCAACAGACAUUUAACAUACUAUAACAAUCCGGACUGGAGGCUGUUUCCAACUCUGCUCUACUGUAUUUGAUCAAGAAGCAGAAACUCAAUAUUUCUUGCCAACAUUCACCUGUGUACCACUUGUUUUAAUCACUUGUCGCCUAAUUCAAUGUUUUAAUCACUUGUCUCCUAAUUCAAUCUACCUCAGUUUUUAACCAAUGCAAUUAUUCAUCCACUGAGACAUAUUCCAACAGGACAACUGUGUUUCUCCCCCAUUUAACAAACUGUUAUAGAAGUGUUCUUAGGUAUACUGAAAGGAAACAGAUCCGUCCUGUGAUGGAGGUGUUUUGACCACAGACUGACAGAUUUGAUAGUUGUAUGUUGGUAGAAACCCACGCUGCCUGAAUGUGGCUAUAUUUUGGUAGAUAUCCAUUCAGCAGGAUAUUUAGAUUUACUGACCGGUUGACCGCUCACCGGUGCAUUCUGUAACACCAAAACGACCUUCUGUUGGUCUCUUUCUUUCCUAAUAUUGCUUGUUGAAAUUGUGAAUUUCAAUUAGAUUAAUUCCAUGUUUGUGCAAUAUAUACCUUUUCCUUUAAUGGAAUGCUCUACUAUAAAUGUUAAGAAAACUAAUUAGAAGCAUAGUAUUUAAUGUCAGCUUAUUGGCCUUGUUAGUGUAAUUUAACCAUUUGUGUGACCACUGGGUGUUUUUUGAUCACUUAAUUUGUGAGUGUUUUGUGUUUUCAGCUAUUGUUUUUACAUACUGAGCCGUUUUAAAGAGAUUAGACAUGAAUGUAUUACGGUUCUUCUUACAUGUUUGUGGAUUUUAGUCAGUACCUGGUUAAAAGACCGAGGACGCAACAUCCCCAUUAGCGAUUGAAGCUUAUACCAUCAUGUGUCCAGGUGUGGAAACCCUUACCCAUGCAAAGAAAAGAAAGACUUUUUCAAUCAUGACUCAUCCUGUGUGCUUUGGAGAAAUAUCUUGUGAUGAUUGAACAGCAAAGAAAUCUCUUUUGAAUAAAAACUUUUAAUGCAAAUUCCUCUUUAAGCAAAGUGACUAUAAACUGUAACGGAGGAAAUGUAAAUGGGGACGUUGUGUAGCAAUAAUGAGCGUUCAGCUCUGUGCCUUCAGAGGUUUGAACUUGUGACGUCAAAGCAGGUUUUCUCUCCAACAUCAUCAGGGAUUUGGCUUUAUAACUGCAACAUCAUUAAGCUCCACAUGCACAUGAUGCACUAAGUAACACACAAACACCUUGACAUAUAAUGUAAAACAAAUACAUCAGUCUUUAAAUGUUUCAUUUAGUUUUUGAUAAUGUCAGACGCCUUGACAACCAUUGUAAUUAGUUUCUUGGAGUGCUGGAUGGCAUUUUAUUGUAAGGUGUUUUUGUUUUACUUCUGUCCACCCCUGUACACCAUGUGAGGUUCUGAAUGUUUAAAGAUUUGUCUUCAUGUCAGAGUGCAUGUUUGUGUGAGGAAGCACCUGCCAGGUUUAACAUGAUCCACAUCAAACACUGUUUACCCACUCUGGCCAGUUAACACAGUCACAGUCUUAGCUGACUACAGCAGAUGCUCUGUUAUGUUUUCAAUAAAAUGCAUAAAGUCUGAUAAGAUCA